GCUUGGAUUUAUAUCCUCCAGCAUCUCCCGCUUGUUAUUGUCAUUGCAGCUGAGGCUAUUGGGCCGGCCGCUUCCUCUGCAAAGCGGCUAACGGCGAGGCUGACUCUCUUCCUCCCUGCCUGCUUCGUGACCAAGUGCCGGGCCUCGGUUUCUAGUCCUUUCCGAGUGUCCUCCUGCUAACCAGCCUUCCCGCUAUGUCCGGCCGAGGGAAAUCCGGGGGCAAAGCGCGAGCCAAAGCCAAGUCUCGCUCCUCCCGAGCCGGCCUCCAGUUCCCAGUAGGGCGAGUACACCGGCUGCUGCGGAAAGGCAACUACGCCGAGCGGGUGGGGGCCGGAGCGCCGGUUUAUUUGGCUGCUGUCCUCGAGUACCUCUCUGCUGAGAUCCUGGAACUGGCCGGCAACGCUGCGCGGGACAACAAAAAGACCAGGAUCAUUCCCCGGCACCUGCAGCUGGCCAUCCGCAACGACGAGGAGCUCAACAAGCUGCUUGGUGGAGUGACCAUCGCCCAGGGUGGGGUCCUGCCCAAUAUCCAGGCCGUGCUGCUGCCCAAGAAGACCCAGAGCUCCAAGAAAUGAGUCCGGUCGAAAUUCCGAAGAGAAUCGACCGACGACGUGACCCCUUGCGCCCCACCCACAGGAUCCGGUACAGCGGGCAACGGACACCGGACACUUCCUCCCUUUCUCUACUUCACUUGGUGCAGCGCAGAUCUUUUCCCCGCAUCCUCUGCCUUGGCGCAGCCAUCUCUGGGCCGUCUAUGCGCAUCCUUUCUUGCUCUCUUCCUCGCUUGCUCCCUGUGCCAGGCGCUAUAACCGCUGGGCUGCCCCCUCGCUCUGGUCAGUCCUGCUCUCUCUGAACGAUCGGCCCUCUCGCACCUCGCUUAGCGCUCCUGCCCUAUUUCAAUCCCAGGGAUUGGUGUGGGAAGAGCAGUCUUAAAUCAUUUCCCCGUCUCCAAAAGGCACGUGCCUCAGGCCUGGUGGCUGCCACCUAACGCCCUGCAAAUUGAUUUCUGUAUUUUUCUCUCACUUCUCAUUCUCUCCCCUCCCCUCUUUUCCCCCACUGGAUAAUUUAGCUUCAAAUCUACUAUCUUGAAACAGCUUAAACCUACAGCAUUGGUGCAAUUAGGUUUUUCUUCAUUUUCCUCCCUUAAAGCCCCUAUAAUUCGGGAGGGGGGGAUUUGGAAAGAAGGAACUGUUUUGGAACUAGAAGAAUGAUUUGUGCAUCUUUUAUUUUUCUUGAACUGGAAAAAAGUGGGACUACCUGGAAGAGCGGAAGUCAUGCAGCAACAGUGAGGCUUCAAGCCUACACUGGAAGGCAAGGGACUUUUGCUUGGGCAAAAUGCCACCCAUUUGUGAUGUGACAGUGGAGAUUUUUUUCCUGUACCCUGUCUGUGCACCUAAAAGGGUGGGAGUGGGGACUCUGAGGAAGAAGGGAUAACCUCUCCGUUGCUUUAUUGUUUUGCACGAAUAUUCGAUCUAAUCUCUUAAAACUGCUGUUGCAGAGCUGAAGAUGGUGAUGGAUCUAUCUACCUGAUGUUGCUGCACAUCCCCAUUGUAUGUGAUUACAAACUUAGGAAUAAAAAAGGGGGGGGGAGCUGCCAGGAAUAUUUCAAUGUGAAAAGAGAAACUUCUCUUGUUGAGAAAAGUAAUAGCUUCCUAUGCUAAGCUUCCCCCCCUUCCUUGUUUGUUUUAUUAUGAGGUCUUGUGUCACUGUAUUUGUACUCCAUUCUUAAUUGUACACUAUUGUUAAAUUUUGAAUUUUUGUUAUUGCAAAGCUACCUUUUUAAUCUGGUUUAUAAAGGUAAUGGCUUUGGACUGGAGGCAAACAGUAGUUUGUGAGAGAGAGCUGAAAGUCAUUUGACAGGCUUCACUUCCUAGGGUGUACACAUGUCUUGUCUGUCACUUCUGGCUGAAUGUGUUUUGGUAGUUUUUUUUUAAAAAAAAUACAAAACCGUGUAAGACCUUUUGUGUCAAGACGCUAAAGUGAGAUGAGUAUGCAGGCCAUGAACAGCAAUCUCUCUUUCAAACCAACUCUUGGGAAUGGGAGGGAAUCUAUUAUCUUUCUGUAGCCUUGAUGCCGUGCAUUCAGAUCUUCUGAAUGUACUUAACAGCUUAGCUGGAAACCCAUUUUAAGCAAGAGUCCUUGGAUUUAGGUCUAUUUUCGUCCUUUUGACGUCAGUGGAGCUAAAGUGGCUGAAAUGAAAGUAUUUUAGUGUAAUGGCUGUUGUGGUUUUUCAACCUAAAUAAUGGUAGGUCAGAGGUGCUUGAUGUUUCCUUGAAACAGAAGCAGUUGUGUUGUCUUGUCUGUUUCUUCCUCCCCCACCCCCUUUUUUGGAUUAUUAGUUCUGUUGUAAAGCUUCCCACAGUUAUGGAAACUUAGCAUUUUGUGUCCUUAUUUGCACUUUUAAACUACUUACAGUAUUUUCUGUUCAGAAAUUCACUUCUAGUAUUUAAAGUAGUGUGUGACAUCUGUUUAAUUGUAAUCUUCAAUUGAUUAAUUUUUGAGAUUUGGGUUUUUUUAGGGGGAGAACUUAAUUUAUACUAGAAUAAAAUAUCUAGUUAAUGUGUUGGUUUACUAAAUUGGUGUUUGGAUAACGUAUGAGCAUGGAAGUUGGCCUAGCCGGUCCUGUGAUACAUAGUAGCUGUGGUACUCUAAAAUGGUAUCGGAGCCAAAUCUUGCUUGCUUAGGUGAAAAGUUUAUAGAACCAUGUGCAUGCAGCAGUGUCUAGGCUAUUGAACAAGUAGAACUUGUAAUAAUAUUUAUGGGCAACUAUGUAUGUGCUGUUAAGUAGCAUGUGUUCAACCUAUCAAAUGAGGUGUGAAAUUGUGGAUGAAGUAUUGUCUUGCUCUGGUUCGACUAAUACCUAAAUUAGUGGAACUUGGAUGCUUUAAUACCUGGGUAAUGAAAGUGGUUUGUUCACUCUGUUGCUGGUGCACUGUCUUCUUGGUGAUAUCUGAGAGGCAGAACCUUUAUCUGCCCUUGUCUGAUUUGUCUUGCCUGUCUCCCACUGCAGACUCAGAAAAAAGCCCUCUUGUUUCUAAGUUGCUAUCUCAUUCCUCUGGCACUGGACCAGCGUAGCGCUCUUGCUUUAUUUCAGAAUGCACACUGAUUGCAUCAUUGAAGGGGCAGAGAUUGUUUAAAUGCAAAUAACUACUGAAAAAUAGGAGAGUUUUAGUUUUUCUGUCUUUUUUAUUAUUUCAAGAUCAGUAUUUUGUGUUCUGUCAGACUGCUUUGUAUUUAUUAGAAAAUGCAGAACUUGUGAUACUGGAAAAGUGCAAAGUCAAUAUUCUUAUUAAACUGAUUCAGUCUUGAAUGCACAUCAAAGUUGCCUCUCA